GGAGCAGUCAGUGACACCUCCUUUAACCUUUAGCACAAGUCGCAGUAGGCUAUUUAAAGGCUAAACAAGGGGACAAAACACCUGUAAAUCUUGAAGCUUCUGUAAUCCACUUGGAUAUCAACAAAUAUUGUUUGUCAGGAUCAUCAUGGAACAUCUGGGCUGCAGUGCGAUCCUGGCCAUUUGUUUCUGGAUGGCACUUAUUACAGGUGCACAUCCUCCUCGAUCAGUCCUGGGAGAAAGUCAAGCAUUUCAAAGCAACUUCCCGAUGGAAGGUGACGAGAACCGUGCCUCAACAAACACUGUCAACUCCACCAAGGCUGUUUCCCCUGGUGAGGACGUUAGCUCCCAGACCUGGCCCUACAUGGCUGCAGCGCUGGCCUCCGCCCUGACCGUCUCCCUGUUCAUCGUGGUGGCCAUCAAGUGCCGCCUUUUCCACCGCUACCUAGCCAGCUACCACCACUCCUUGCUCCCCGAGGGGGACACAGCCAGCCAGCAGAGCCCAGACGAGGUGACCUUCCCUGGGCACGGCAUGGUGGGCCGAGGACGUGGAGGUAAUGGGACCCAUCGAGGGUUGGAUACUGAUGACGACGAUGGCUUCAUAGAGGAUAAUUACAUCCAGGCCAGCGAGAGGGCGAGGGCAGAGAGUCACGAGGACGAAGGGAUGGAAGGAGAGGUGGUGGAGGAUAGUGAUGAUGAUCAGUUCACCAUUGGGUGAUUUCAGGACUGGUUGAAAAUUAUUAUUUACUGUUGAUUGGGUGACAGUGGUGGGUUCACUUCACAGAGCAGAUGCUGUCCAGACCAGACCUGGAUUCAAAUAAAAUUUGUUUUCUUUCAGAUGCUCCAGCUGUGCUUAAUUGAGCUUGUGUGGCACCCUAAAGUGGAAAAAUCCGCCCUCCAGGCGAAACAGGCACUUCAGGCAGUUUCAAUCAAACACUCAACGUAUUUGAAAGAAAAAAAAAAAUUAUUUGAAUCCAGGUCUGGUGAGAAUAUGUUGAUAGAUGAAAGGUACUGAGAAAUGAUCAUGGUCCCAUUUUAAACAAACAACAACCUAUUAAGGCUUUAUAGAACAUUCAUCAAGUCUUCAUAAAUACUACAUUGAACAAAAACAUAAAUGCAACAUGCAAAAUUGUCAAAGCUUUUACUGAGUUACAGUUCAUAUAAGGAAAUCAGUCAAUUGAAAUAAAUUCAUUUGGCCCUAUUCUGUAGAUUUCACAUUAAUGGGAAUGCAGAUAUAUUGGUCACAAAUACCUCAUACAGCGCGACAUCUCCUUCGGAGAGAGUUGAUCAGGCUGUUGAUUUUGGCCUGUGGAAUGUUGUCCCACUCCGCUUCAAUGGCUGUACAAAAUUGCUGGAUAUUGGCGGGAACUGGAACAUGCUGUCGUACACGUCGAUCCAGAGCAUCCCAAACAUGCUUAAUGGGUGAUGUGUCUGGCGAGUUUGCAGGCCAUGGAAGAACUGGGACAUUUUCAGCUCCCAGGAAUUGUGUACAGAUCUUUGCAACAUGGGGCCGUAAAUUAUCAUGGUGAAAUAUGAGGUGAUGGCGGUGGAUAAAUGGCAUGACAAUGGCAUGACAAUGGGCCCCAUGAUCUUGUCACGUUAUCUCAAAUUGUCAUUGAUAAAAUGUAAUUGUGUUCGUUCUCCGUAGCUUAUUCUUGCCCAUACCAUAACCCCCACCACCAGCUUGCGGUACUCUGUUCACAAUGUUGACAUCAGCAAACUGCUCGCUCACACAACACAAUUACACGCCAUCUACCCAGUACAGUUGAAACCGGGAUUCAUCCUUGAAGAGCACACUUUGUGCACUGAGUGUACCAAACAUUAGGAACACCUUCCUAAUAUUGAGUUGCAACCACUUUUGCCCUCAUAACAGCCUAAACAGCAUUGUCAUGACAUGGUCUCUACAAGAUGUGUCAAGUUGGCUGGAUGUCCUUUGAUACACACGAGAAACAGUUGAACAUGAAAAACCCAGCAGCGUUGCAGUUCUGGACACACUCAAAGCAGUGCCAUUGGCACCUACUACCAUACACCUCUGAAUGAUACACAUACAAUGUGUAUGUCUCAAUUGUCUCAAGGUGUAAAAAUCCUAAUUUAACCUCUCUUCCCCUUCAUCUACACUACUUGAAAGUGGAUUUCAGUGAAAUCACUAAGGGAUCAAAUAUUUCAGCUGGGUUCACCUGGUUAGUCUGUCAUGGAAAUAACAGGUGUUCCUAAUGUUUUGUACACUGACAUAAUUUGUAAGCAAACACAUACAUAAAUUAUGAUAUAAAUGGUAAUUACAUCUAAUUAUGCCUAAUAACAGUUUAGAAAAGCACAGGACCCAGAAUAGAACCUUGGGGGACACCACCUUACAGGGACACCAACUAUACAUAGUUUGAUUUAACACAAUCCAAACUUAUAUGGCAUGAUGUUUGCUUAUGAAUGAUUUAAAUGUCAGCCUUAUAAAGGUUUUAUGACGGCUUCAUUAAGACUUAAGAGUUAUGUUUAGUUUAAAGUUGGACUUUUCUCAGGUGUGGGACUAAAUGAGCCACCCUUUAUUAAGGGUGGCUCAUCGAAUGAGAAGUUAUUUUAAAUGUAGUUUAUUAUUAGGAUGAUAAGGAUAUUGCAUAUUGAAGAUGAGUAAUGAUGCAAAUUGUUAUAGUUGCAAUGAUUUUCAUUUUCUGAAGACGCUCCGCAAUGCUGAUGAUCUGUUUGUAAAAACAACAGUGCCUUCAGAAAGUAUGUACAGUGCCUUCAGAAAGUAUUCUCAACCCUUGACUUUUUCCACAUUUUGUUGUGUUUCAGCCUCAAUUUAAAAUUGUUAAAAUUUAUAUUUAUUUGUCACUGGCCUACACACAAUACCCCAUAAUGUCAAAGUGGAAUUAUGUUUUUCAAAAUGUUUACAAAUGAUUAAAAAAAUUAAAAGCUG